CAGGAGGUGAGGAAGAAGUGAAAAAAUGAACAACAGUAACAGAAAGAAGACGAAUGAUGAAGGUGGAAUUGGAAGUGAUGAAGUUGAACAACUACUUCAAUCUGCUCAAGAUGAGAUGCUCCUAAAACUCUCUGUCAAUUCUCACAUCGCCCAUAUAUCUUCCAAUUACAUCGACUCUGAUCUCGACCGUCGCUUCCAAGCCCUCAAAUCCCGACCCUCCCUUCAUCAAUCAUCUUCAUCUUCAUCUUCAUCUUCAUCUUCACAAUCCAAUCAUCGUGUUAAUGAUGUUAAUGUCAACGUUGACAACGAAUUGAAGAGCGUUCUGGGAGAUGAUCUAUCUGCGAGAUUCGCCGCUCUUAAAGCCUCCCCCUCCUCUUCUAAUGAUAAUAAAAAUCUCAAUGCACUCUCUGUUGGUCCUAACGUAUCGUAUGACGAUGAUAACGAUGAAGAGGAUGAGGUUGAGAAAUUGAUUCGGUGGGCUAAGGAUGCUGCUCGUCUCGAUCCGUCUCCUCCGUCUGAUGAUGAUAAGGAUUCCGAUUGUACAGAUUCUGACGAUGAUGAGCCUCCUCGCCGGAAAAAGGACCACCGUAAAUAG